CCGGUGGGUAGUACCGAAGGGGAGAGUAGUAUGUAGCCUCGGUCUACAGUAUUGUUAAAUCAUAUAGUUAUUCCCCUUGACGAGUAUUACCAUCGAGCGACAAAUACAAUGAUAGACUGGUGAAGCUGACAGGCUACUGGAACGACACCUGACAAAAGAUCUUGCUCGGUGAUGACAAGGCUACUUCCGAUAGUUUUAUCCAUUUUUCGUCGUUUUAAGUCGCCGUCUCAAUCCCUGUUGCAUGAGCGUCCCUAGCCCCUCACACAGCUGAGAAAUAGGUCGCCUACUCGACGGUCGAGGUCAGCGAUAUAAAUAAAUUCUUCCGGAGGACGUCCAAGGAUUCCCUCACCAACCAUUGGUUGAAUACAACCAAUGAAAACUGCGCUACAUCGAUGGUGCUGAACCGCGAAAUUUACACGUGGAGAAUGGCUGAAGUUGAAAAGGAGAGAUGCACCGACUGGAGCGACAAAGAAAUAAUGGUACUCAUCGAGGAGGUGACUAGGGACUACAAGAGGCUUUUUCAGUCGCUCUCGAAAUCUUGGACGGCCAAGAAAAGAAAUGAGCUGUGGCUGGCGGUCUCUGAGAGAGUAAACUCUGUUGGCAGCUGCCGCAGAGAACAAGAACAAAUAAGACAGAAAUGGAACAAUUUAAAAUCUCAAACUAUUUCGUUUCGAAGUCGUCAGAAAUAUCCCUCUACGUGCGAUGGACCACUAGAAACCCCAGAGUGGUGGAUAGAAAAGGUGAUGAAUAUUUUAGAAGACCAUUGUCCAGUACUGCUCUACGGCAUAGGUGAAGGUGGUGAAUCAUUUACGCUGGCUCCUCCAAAAGUCAUUUAUGAUAGUGCAUCAACACCACUGAGAGCCAGUAGCUCAAACACACCUGGUGAUGUACCAACCAGCCAGAAUUCUACCAGUCUACUUGGUCAUCUGAACAAAAAAAGGGAAAUACAAUAUAAUGCAAAAGAAUGCACUUCAAAGGCAGAAGACAUGAAAAUGUUGCAGCUCCUGGACAGUGAACUCGAUCUAGUUAACAAAAAAUCCCAACUGAUGGACAUGAAGAUAAAACUGGCGCAGAUAGAGUUAACAAAUGCAAGGCUGUCACAGCUCAAGGCUUAUUAUGAACUAAAAACUCUAGAAAAUGAAUUGGCAAUACCAGCUGCUGAAAGUUUCAACAAACUGAUUGAGCUGGAUAUUGCUGCUCUGCCAAAAUCAAACUGAAUAAUAAAUAUGACCAGUUUGAAAUGUU